AGAACGUCCGAUCCUUGAACCCUAUCUUGUCGCAUUGUCGUUGACGCUCUGCCGAACUUAAGACCCAGACGACGCACUGUUCCUCGUAUUCUCCCAAUCCGACUAUCGUCUACGUUAGUCCAGAUUUCGAUAUCCGUCCUCUCUCUUCCUAGUCAUUAGCCGCAAAAUCUCUCGAUUCCUUCAUCCUCUGUCUGUGCACACAUCCAUCAACGGAACCAUUAAGCGUACGUCGGAACAUUGGGACAACUUCCUCCGAUCGAGCUCUGUCUGCAUCUGGCGGAGGCUGGUCCUCAACUUGGCGCACAAGCCAGCUCCGAAUAUCCUACGAGAGAUGAUUCGGCACGCUUCGGAUCUUCUCCUGCAGCUCCUGAUCGGUAAGAUGCGCGAGAUACGACGCCUCUGCCGGCGCGGCCUCCCUCCCGCCAAGCGCAGCGGCCACCGCCUCGACCUCCGGCGCCGGGUCGUCGUCUCUCCCUGGGAUCGGGAGCAUCUCCUUCCAAUCAUUUUGAAGAGGAUCCCUCUCCCAUCUCCGCCGUUGCUCCUCCUCCUCGAACCCUAAACGUGCAGCGUUCGCGGAAUCCCGAGCUGCCGAGCUCGAUUCGCUCCACUCCAUCGUCUCCACCCGACUGAACCACGACUUCCGGAUUCGCCGCGACAAGCGGAGGCGAACCACCGGCCACAGAGCCUCCACCAAGAAUCAUGGCCGCCCCAAGAGAAGGAAGCUGGGGGUCGAGGGUGGAAUCCUGCCCGAGGAUGAAGAGGUUCAGACGACCAAGAAGGUGUCCCGCAGGACUCGUCGGAGGAUGGAGUUCCGAAGCAAUCCGUCUUACCGGCUUUUGUACCGCGGGAGAUGGUACGAAGAGGUUGAGGACUCAUCUGUGGCAUGCUAUGCGGUUCACGAUGGUGAAGCACUGGGGAUUUUACCUUCCUCUGGGGCUUCAUGGCAGAGGACAAGGUUCAAGGGCUGUAUUGAAGUGGUUCAAAUAUGGUGCACACUUGGAUGAUGCUAGUUAUUGUCUUCCCAUCCAAAUAGAGGGUCCAGAGGACUCCAUAUUGGCUGUGUGGAGAAUGGUUUUGUUCCCAUCGCCUUAUGUACACCUUCAACUGCUCCAGAAAAACUAUCUAACCAGGUUGCUCAUGGAGUUUACUAUGGAAAAGCUAUGCUUUAUCAUAUUGAAACUUCAGUUAUUUACAUGUGGCAACCCUUCCUAAGAGAUAGUGAUCAUGUUAAUGCUGAGAAAGAUGGAGUUUCCAACAGCUCUGGCAGCACUCAUAAAGAUGAGUGUAGUUUGCCAAUUAGAAAAUUGUGGAUAUGAAUACAUGCUGCUUCCUUCAAUGAAGGAUUUGGUGUAAUAGAUUAUGCAUGUCAAAAACAGAUGCAUGAGUGUGGCGUAUAUGUCAGAUGCUUUACACUUGAGGGGAAAAUUGCAAGAUUAGAAGUUAUGGGGUCCAAGGCAAUAAAAAUAAUAAAGAAGAUUCUACAUCCUAUAUCCCAUACGUCGUACAUUCUUUGCAGGUCAUGUAGUAGUGCAGAUAAUUCUCUAUUAUAUCAAUCAAGUCUUACACCUUGCAGCAACUCACAAGUUCAGAAAUCUAUUCUCCUUUGCCAUGCGGAGAAACUUCCCUCCUAUGCAAUUUUAUCUUUAACAGUUCAUGAUCCAU